CUAGCCAGGCCAGGCAAAUUCUCGACGCUAAACCAAACAUGUCGAAACCGACGACAUGCAGGCUCAAAGAAACUACAAUGCCACCUUUCCCACCCCCAAUCAUUUCCUCCCCUGAUACGAGUUUGACCUUUGCUUUCUGUUUAUCUUGGUUUGCUUAUAAGUUCAGCCCUACCAAAACUACAACUCCCGAAACCAGACUCCCGCGCCACACGUCAUACUUGAUGCCGUGGCUCAAUCCACCGUAGGACAACAAGAACCGCAGGAACGAAUGCUCCGGAGACAACGACGAAGAGGGCCGACAUCGCCGCUUCCGCUUCGAUAUCAUGUCCGAAGGUUCGCAGCAACAGCAGCGGACAGCGCGCAACAUGGCCCGCGCCGAAAGGACGACGACGUCUUGCGGAGAGUGUAGGAGGAGGAAGCAGAAGUGCGAUCAGGAGCAGCCCUGCAGCAACUGCCUCCGUCGGUUCCCCGUACCGAUAUGCGAAUAUCGGGCAGGAAACCGGAUACCAGGCACAUCAACAUUCUUGGCACCAGCACGAGCAGGAGGCCGGGUUUCCAUCCAUCCCUCUCUCCUAGGGGAAGACUCUGCCCUUGUACAAGCAUCUCGGUCUCUAAGGACGGCCGGGCAUUCGCCCAUCAGCGUCGCCGGCUGGGCUGCAUCUGAGAACACGACAUCAAACUCGGAUUCCAAGACAGAUUGUUCGACAGAUCCGGCUGUCAGCGACGCGCCGUGGCCUCAGUUGGAUUCCCUUGACGAAAGCAAGAGAGCAGCGGCGGCAGUAACGGCACCAGCGCGAUGGUUUCCGCUAGCCGACCCGCAACGCUGCAGACUGGACUCGGAUGUAUCCCAGGCGUCACGGCAGAUGCUCGCAUACCGUCUCGCGGUGCCAGGCCUUGUCCUUAACCUCGCUGACAAAAACGGCGUCGGCGAGCACGUUGGUGAUGACGACAACGACGAAAAUAAUUACGACAACAAACUACUCGUCGCUGGUGAAUCGAUACCCCGAGGCUGGCAUCAUGCAGAAAAGCCCGGAGUUCAACGUCUAGAAAGGCCCAUCAGCGCGGUGGACGAUGAGAUCGUGCAUCUCCCAGUAGCCCAGUCGGUAUUGAACAAGAAACUCCUUCGAAUAUACGUCACAGUCCUCUCCCGCUUCAAGGCUUCCCUCAAUGGUGACCCGGACCCCAACAAUCCCUUCAUGCGCCACUAUUCGCCCUUCUGCCUCCAAGACCCUCUCGUCGUCCAAAUCAUCCUCUACACCUCGGCUUGCUUCCUCCACGAGACGGGCCACAUCCGGACCACGGCCCUGCGGACCCUCAAGGGUCGUGCCAUCCACAUGCUCAACGAGAGCCUAAGGUCUCAUGGUGCCGACGGUAGGCGACAUUCUAAGGAUCGAGGGACCGCUGAGACCGCUCUCGCCACGACGACGACUACCGGCAGCAGCGAGAGAUCUAAACACCCUAGCGACGCCGCCAUCGCAGGCGUCAUCCAGCUCACCAUUACCGAGUGGUACUGGGGCGAGACGGAGGACGAUCUACGGUACCAUCUCAAGGGCUUGCGAGGCAUGAUCCGGUUACGCGGCGGCUUCGACCAGCUCGGUAUGAACGGCCUAUUGGCGAAGAAUGCAAUCGUUCACGAUGUCUCCAUAUCUCUGGCUCACGAAAAUAUUCCACUGCUACUGACCCCGCCGCCCCCAGACGCACUGGCAACGACGGCAGACCCAUGGGGUUCUACGGGAUAUGCUUUCGAUGACCCUAUAAAAGACGUGGCCCUUAGGAUGGCACACAUGUCGCCUUUCGUCAGCCACCUGCCCUGGUCCGUUGGCGUGCUCCCGUCCUUCGCCGACUGCGCUGCGAGCCUUGGCAUGCACUCGGCGACGGCCUCUAUCCUCGACAAUGUGAGGUACCUUAUUGGCGCCGUGGAGGCGAUUUACACUGCGGCGAACGAAACGAAUACAACCAAUACGAUCACGAACAUGGCGGCAACGACGACGAAGGCGAUACAGGCUUCCAGAAAGGCCCAACUCACGGGGAGGUACAUGCACGAGCACAUUUCCGGCCUCCACUCGACGAUCCCAGGGUCUAGACAAACUUCGUCGCCGGAAGAGAUACAUAUCAGGGCGAGACCACCGCCGGAUAGCAGCGACCACCCCGCUGUCGAAGAGGCAUCCGAGGGAAGUGGAAAAGUCUCCAUCACAGGCACGGCGGGACGCGGCUCCGUUGGCGCGAGCCGGUCGCCAUCGGGACCAGCGUACGAUUCCGAAUGGCUACAGAGGCGAGACGUUAGCGAUUCUCCAGCGAGACCUGGAUCGACGCAAUACGGCCAUCACCGACAGCAUUUGCAACAGAGCCCAGACUUCAUGUACCAGGUCGUCCGGAUGACGGCCAUCGUCUACACGCGGGCCAUCGCGACCGGUACACCCUUGAGUGGCGCAUGCACGGAAUCGGAUUUCCUACAGAUCUGGACGACGACGUGGCGGGUGCCCCUUUCGACGUGGAACGGCGCUGUGGGCGUCUUCCAUUGGAUCAUGAUGGCCAUCGCGCCGGCGUGCCACCGCACGCCGCACGCGCGCUUCGUCAAGAACAUGACGACCAUCAGCAUGCUGACACUUGGCGUAGAGAAUUGGGCCAUGGCCAUGAAUGCUGCUAGGGCCGCCAUGAGAUUGCAGCACUGGCUCGGAGGCCAGCAAGACACCAAAGGAGCGGACGAGAGGGAUGGGGCUGGGGCGGGGGCAGCCGCUUCUGCAUCGAUAAUUGCAAGAGGAGCAGCAGGAUCAGCGGCGGGAGGACAAUGCUCCGGCCUCGAAGAGCGGUGAGCGGAGCGUGUGACCAAGGAUUCGACUUCCUAACGAGAAACCCGCGCCCUCGCUCAGUGCGGAUGUUGUCUCCAUUCUGCAGCGUCAUGGGGGGUUAUGUGGCCAGGUCAAGGCUAUCAGUCCACACAACCGCGUAUGUAUCCGCAGGCUACAAAACCCGACGAUGACCGACCAUCAACAGUCUCUCGCCCUAAUGAGGCAAAACCGAUGGCCUCCGCCCCCCCUCAACCAAGGAAAUGGGACUGGCAUGACGUCCAUGAGCAUACGGA